AUGUCAGAAUUUUUUACUAGUCUUUCAAAAGAUUUUAGCGUAUUACUUGAUCAUUCAGACGAUUAUAAUGUUAUUAUUAGAGUCGGCGAUGAAAAAAAUGAAAAAACGUUUCAAGCCCAUUCAGUAAUUCUUAGAGCAAGAUCACCAUACUUUAAAAGAGCGUUAUCAAAUGAUUGGGCUAGAAAAGAAGAUGGUUCUACGGUAUUUACAAAACCAAAUGUUUCUCCAGCUGUUUUCGAAAUAAUUCUCAAAUUUAGAUCAUCUGAUUAUGUAACACAUAUAAUUUAA